UCCGGGAGGUGGCAACGGAGACCGGGUUGGCGAGGACGUGACCGACCCACUCAAGUCGGGUGUCUCUAGUGUCAGUCUCUAGUGGUUCCAGGGUUGACGCUAGCACCGGCAUCCCCUGUGCCCCUUGAGCCUGUCCCCUGCACCCCUCAUCCCGGGCUGCCGGCUGGGCGGAGCCGCCCUCGCGGUCUGGGUGUGUUCCUGUCUCAGCCGGACCGCGAGUCCUCUGUCAGGGACACAGCCAGUGGAUUGCCGACCGGUGCUAGGCUGCUGGGCGCGUGGCCACCAUGACGGGAAGAUCCAGCUUUAGAUAUGUCAGGCAUCACGGUGGGGAGGUUAUGGCAGAAGACAGGUGUGAAGACAUGGGCUUAUAUCCCAGCACAGUGGGGAGGCGCAUGGAGAGAGCCAGAUGUGUCCUUGGUGCCUGCUAGUCAGCCAGCCUAGCCUACUUGCAACAUGUCUGAAUGCUUGGCCGACGCCAUGUGCCAGCGCUGCCAGGCGCGGUUUGCCCCCACAGAGCGCAUCGUCAACAGCAAUGGGGAACUCUACCAUGAGCACUGCUUUGUGUGUGCACAAUGCUUCCGGCCAUUCCCUGAGGGGCUCUUCUACGAGUUCGAGGGCCGGAAGUACUGCGAACAUGACUUCCAAAUGCUGUUUGCUCCAUGCUGCGGAUUCUGUGGUGAGUUUGUUAUUGGACGCGUGAUCAAGGCCAUGAACACCAACUGGCAUCCAGCCUGCUUCCGCUGUGAGCUGUGUGAUGUGGAGCUGGCUGACCUGGGCUUUGUGAAGAAUGCAGGCAGGCACCUCUGCCGGCCUUGCCACAGCCGGGAGAAGGCCAAGAGCCUGGGCAAAUUCAUCUGCCAGCGGUGUCACCUAGCCAUCGAUGAACAGGCCCUCAUGUUCAAGAACGAUCCCUACCACCCGGACCACUUCAGCUGUUCCCACUGUGGGAAGGAGCUGACCUCUGAGGCCCGAGAGCUGAAGGGGGAGCUUUACUGUCUGCCUUGCCAUGACAAGAUGGGUGUCCCCAUCUGCGGGGCCUGUCGCCGGCCAAUUGAGGGCCGGGUGGUCAACGCAUUGGGCAAGCAGUGGCAUGUGGAGCACUUUGUCUGUGCCAAGUGUGAGAAGCCGUUCCUGGGGCACAGGCACUAUGAGAAGAAGGGCCUAGCCUACUGUGAGACCCACUAUAACCAGCUCUUUGGGGAUGUCUGCUACAACUGCAGUCACGUGAUUGAGGGUGAUGUGGUGUCCGCCCUCGGCAAAGCCUGGUGCGUGAACUGCUUCUCCUGUUCCACCUGCAACAUGAAGCUCACUUUGAAGAACAAGUUUGUGGAGUUCGACAUGAAGCCUGUGUGUAAAAGGUGCUAUGAAAAGUUCCCCCUGGAGCUGAAGAAGAGGCUGAAGAAGCUGUCUGACAUGACCUCCCGCAAGGCCCAGCCCAAGUCCGUGGACAUCAACUCCGUCUGAAGGGCCUCAGCCUCCAUUUGCCUGCCUGCAGAACCUUUGCCCUCCCCUCCCCUCCUUCCCCAAUUCCUGCUGGCCGCCUCCCCCUUCUGCUCCAUCUCAGGCCCCUCUGGGAUGUCACCUUUUCUGUCCCCAGUCUACCUUGGGUUACACAGUCCCGGCCCAGCCUCAUAGGCAUUUCCUCCUGUACCCACAACCUCCAGGGACAGGAGCCAACUGGGCUCAGGAUUAUCUGCCAUUUGCUUGAUCCACAGAUCCCAGCCCGACACCGGUCCUUUCCAUUCUCCUGGGAGAGUUUCAGUCUCAGAGAGACCCUUGGGCUUGGCUGGGGAGCUGUCCCAGCCCUAGUGCCAGCACCAUGCACAAGGAGGCUUCUGGAGUGGGGGUGGGGCGGCCCUUCAGUUAUUCAACCACAUUAAGUCCGUGUGUGCUUAUACUGCAUCAGCGAAUCCAGCCACCUCUGGGAUGAACCAGCUGGGUGGCUGAGAUCGCCAUUUCCUUCACUACUCAGGAGACCUUGCAGAAAGCCUCUGGGCUGCCCACCAAGGCUGAGGCCCCACUUCCAGGGGGCACAUUGCCCCAGCCAGCUCAGACCUGCAAGGGAUCACAUACUUACACAAUGAAGGCUGAUUUACACA